AUGUAUAUUCCUAGAGCUGGCUUCAAAUUUACAAGAAAUUAUCUUCGAUUCUUCAACACAAAGAGGUUUGUAUCAACAGGAACUACCACUAUCAAGCGGUCCCCUUCUGCCAAAGGUGUAUUCCUUGGAUUUUUUGCUGGUGUUUCAAUUUCAGGUAUUGCAUGCUAUUAUUAUAUAAUGGAAGAAUACAAGGCAACAUCCAGUGCGGUUGUGUCUGACGUUUUGAGAUUGCAGAAGGCUGUGGAAAAGUUAGAUAAGCAUGUAACGGACGUUGAAAUUGAGCUUGCAAAGAAAUGA